UUUUUAAGAUUUUGUUUCCUCUUCAAAGAUCUUACCCCGCAAGAUCCGAUCUUCCAAAUCUCUCUCUAUCUACUAUACUAGUACUUAUUAAACCCCACCACCUCUCCCUUCUUAUUUAUGUCACCUAACCUAACUUCUUCUUCUUUCAUUUUAUCACAUUCAUUUCCUUUGUCUUCAAUCCAAAGCUUUCCUCUUCUUGGAACCAAUCUGCUCUCUUUUUUAUUCUGAGUUUGACAAUGGCGGUUGGUGAGGUCAUGAGGAUGGAGAUUCCCGCCGGUGGAGAUUUGACUGUUACUACUCCGGAGUUGCAUGUUCUUGCCGUCGAUGAUAGUAUUGUGGAUCGUAAAGUCAUCGAGAGGUUGCUUAGAAUCUCUUCUUGUAAAGUGACGACUGUAGAGAGUGGAACUAGGGCUUUGCAGUAUCUUGGCUUAGAUGGAGGCAAAGGGGCUUCUAAUCUUAAGGAUUUGAAGGUGAAUUUGAUAGUGACGGAUUACUCAAUGCCAGGACUUUCAGGAUAUGAUCUCCUUAAAAAGAUUAAGGAAUCUUCAGCAUUCAGAGAAGUACCAGUAGUGAUUAUGUCAUCUGAGAACAUCUUACCUCGUAUACAAGAAUGUCUCAAAGAAGGAGCAGAGGAAUUCUUGUUGAAACCGGUGAAGCUAGCAGAUGUAAAGCGAAUCAAACAACUUAUAAUGAGGAAUGAAGCUGAGGAAUGCAAAAUCUUAAGCCAUUCUAACAAGAGAAAGCUUCAAGAAGACAGUGAUACAUCAUCAUCAAGUCAUGAUGAUACUUCUAUCAAGGACUCUUCAUGUUCAAAACGAAUGAAAUCAGAAUCUGAAAACCUUUUUUCUCUACUUUGAAUUAUAUGUAUAGAGGCCAAGACCUUAGCAAAACCAUUCUGUUAAUAUUCCUCAAGAAAGACAAUGUUUGAGAGAGUCAUCACACU